AUGUCUAACAUCCCCAGAGUUUCCAAGGUUGCAAAAAUCACAAGACCCAGGAAAGAUGCUAAAUCAUCAAGAAAAAAUACAUCGACAAGAUUAACAAUAGAUCUGCCGAUGCCAGAGGCAACAAAUCAAACCACUGUAUUGUCUGAAACUGAUGAACACAACCCACCUUUUACACCCGCUGUUCCCACGACUCAGAGCGCGUUUAUAUAUUCCAGAUCUGUGGGGAAACUUGUAUAUCGUACUGAUAUACCAGUACCACAGCCCAAAGCAGGUGAAGUUCUCCUCCGGAUCGAAUCUGCAGGGCUUUGCCAUUCAGAUUUGCAUAUUUUAGAUGGAGAAAUCCCGUGUGGAGACAAUUAUGUCAUGGGCCAUGAAAUAGCAGGAACAAUUUGUUCCAUCAAUUCUACCCCUCUGGUAACUACCACUAGUAAUGUUACUGGCACUGACCCAGUCACAACUACAGCUACAGCUGUCGCCAAUAUGGAACAAAAGCCAAAGUUUGAAGUAGGAGAUAGAGUUGCCGUUCUUGGUACAAAUCAUUGUACAUCUUGCGCCAGCUGUCGUGCAGAUUCUGCCAAUACGUGUCCCAAUGCAAUGAUGAAAUGGAUUGGUCUAGGUUCAGAUGGUGGAUUUCAGCAAUACUUGCUCAUAAGUAACCCAUCGAGAGAUCUCGUGCGAAUCCCGCAAGACGUUUCUUUCGAUGUUGCGGCGAUUGCUACGGAUGCAGUAUUAUCGCCAUAUCACGCAUUAAAGAUGACUGGAGCCAAACCUGGUAUGAAGGUUUUAAUUAUUGGAUGUGGUGGAUUGGGUAUCAAUGCUGUGCAGUUAGCUAAAAAUAUGCAGCUUAAAGUCACUGUAUUGGAUGGAAAAGAAGAGGCUAGAGAACAGGCUAAAAAGUAUGGAGCUGACUUUGUGUGCAGCAAUGGGAAGGAACUUGAGUCAUUAAAUUGGUCCAGGGAAUAUAGCCACGGGAACAAGGUAGAAGAAGUGCAUGCAGAGAAAGACCAAGUGGUACAGUUUGAUGUUUGUUUAGAUUUUGUUUCUAAACAGGAAACAUUUGACAUUUGCCAACAAUUAAUUAAGCCAAGAGGGUGUAUUGUUGCAGUCGGUUUAGCGUCAAGUGAAUUAAAAAUCAAUCUUUUGUCGAUAAAUUUAAGAGAAGUCAGAGUUUUGGGUAGUUUCUGGGGUACUUCUCCAGAGUUGGAAGAAGUGUUUGCAUUGAUCAGUAAGGGAGCAGUUACACCCGUCGUGGCCUCUGCUUCGUUGGAGGAACUACCUAGCUACAUAGAUUUGUUGAGGGAUAACAAAUUGAAAGGUAGAGUGGUAUUCCAUCCAUAA